AUGGUCUACUAUUUCAAGAGCACCGCCGUCGAUCCACCGGCCUUCAUCUACGUCGGCAAAGACAAGGUAGAAAGUACGCACGGCAUGGAAAAUCCGACCACCACACCUUGCCGGAAACCCAUACUGACUUGGCUAGAGAUGAGGACCUCAUAGCGCACGGCUGGCCGCAAGACGUCUGGUUCCACGUCGACAACCUCUCCUCCGCGCACGUCUACCUGCGCCUGCCCGCAGAGCAAACAUGGGAUUCCGUCCCGCGCGACCUCCUCACGGACUGCGCCCAGCUCACCAAGGCCAACAGUAUUGAGGGCAACAAGAAGGACAACAUCACCGUCAUCUACACCCCGUGGGCGAAUCUCAAGAAGACGGGGGAUAUGGCGACGGGGCAGGUGGGGUUUCACAACAAUAAGCUGGUCCGGAAGGUGCAUGUGGAGAAGCGGGAGAAUGCGAUUGUGAAUCGCUUGAACAAGACCAAGGAGGAGAGAUAUCCGGAUCUGAGGGCGGAGAAGGAGGCGGUGGAGAGGGAGGAUCGGAAGGUGGAGAGGAUCAAGCAGCAGGAGAAGGUGAGUUGACUCGAUUGUGGACGAGUAGGUAGGUGCGAUGCGUGGAGAAGUGCUAACGUUGCUGUGAUUUUGCAGAAGAAAGAAGAUCAGAAGCUGGCCGAGGAGCGGCAGCGAUUGAAGUGGCAGAAGGAGCACAUGUACGACGAUGUGCACACGGAGGAGAAUAUGGUCAGCAAUGAAGACUACGAUCCGGAUGACUUCAUGUGA